CUGUGGGCUGGGGGAAGCCACAGCCUUUCCCACCUGGCACCCACUGCCCCCUGCCCUUGGUACCUGUUCCAAGCCCUGAAGCCCCUUAAAGCUGCCAGCGAAGCCCUAGAAGACUGUAUCUUGGUACUUGAACAGUUUGCUGAGAGAUUUGCUGGGAGUGGAACGGUGGAUUUUGUCAGAGGAACAGAAACUACUGCAUCUGCUAAGAGCCAGGUUUCACACUGAGCAGCUGCAGACGGAGAAAUCAGAGAAAGCUCAAGCCAGCCGCAGACUCCGAGGCCUGCGGGGGACUCUGUCCUGCUCCGAAGAAAGACCCCGAGGCAGCCGUCUCAGGCCAGGUCUUGCCGCCAUGGGGCCCACGGCUGCCGCCCGCUGGCUGCCGCCCGCACUGUCAGGCAGAUAAGGGGGAGCCCUGCCCGGGGCACCUGCCGCCCCGCCCGGCCACUCCCCCGAGGCCAGCCCUUCCUCACUCCCGGCUCCCUCUGCUGACCGGGGCCAUGCAGGCCCUCCUCGGGCCUCUGUGAGCAGACACACCUCUGGGGACGCGCGUCUGUGCUCUGCAAGACCCGUGCACCACCAUGCCCCAGGGACUCGCCUGGCUGCGCUAUCUUGGGAUCCUCCUCGGCAUGGCCUUGGGAAAUGAGGGCUUGGAGCCAUGGCCCUUGCCCCGGAGCGACGAGUGCGCCAUCACUGGCUUCCUGCGCGACAAGCUGCAGUACCGGAACCGCCUUCAGUACAUGAAACACUACUUCCCCAUCAACUACAGGGUCAGUGUGCCUUAUGAGGGGGUGCUCCGAACAGCCAACAUCACCAGACUGCAGCGGGCCCGGGUGAGCCAGCAGGAGCUGCGGUAUCUGUGGGUCCUGGUGAGUCUCAGUGCUACUGAGUGGGUGCAGGAGGUGCUUCUCGAGGGCCACCCAUCCCGGAAGUUCCUGGAGGAGGUGCACACACUACUGCUGGAUGUCAAGCAGGGCCUGCGGGGCAUGGAGGUCAGCCCCCAGGUGGAAGCAGUGUUGAACCUCCUGAGUGCGCCAGGAAGCCUGAAGCUGGUGCGGCCCAAAGCACUGCUGGACAACUGCUUCCGGGUCAUGGAGCUGCUCUACUGCCCUUGCUGUAAAGAAAGCUCUGUGCUAAACUGGCAGGACUGUGAGGCGCCUCAGCCUCAGGCUCGCAGCCCAGCCUCCGUACAGUGUGAAGCCACCCAGCUGUACCCUCUGCCCCAGCCGCCCUCCACCUCCCUCCCCCGCGUCCUGGGACCCUCGGCUGGCCCCCCAACUCAGUGAAGUUGCUGAGGGCCCAGGGCAAGGCUUCCUGCCCGGAGGAGCCUAGGGUGACCUGGGGGGCAGCUGGAGGAGCCCCUGCAAGAGACGGACUCGGCCUGAGACUUCGGGUGGCAGUGGGGAGCGCCUCCUGGAGAGGAGGCCCUGGCAGUGUUUUCCUUUGAGGGACACAGAGCCUGAGAAGGGCGCAGCUCUCCCUGCUGUGGUCUCGCCUGGAGCGGCGGGUGCUGGGGCACCUGAAGGUCCUGAAGGCAGAGCCUCUGGCUGCUCCU